AUGCCCAAGGGAUUGUACCGCGAAUUAUCAAAUGCCCAAGAGAUUGUACCACGAAUCCCCAAGAGACUGUACCGCGAAUCCCCAAGAGAUUGUACCACGAUUCCCCAAGAGAUUGUACCGCGAAUCAAGAGACUGUACCGCGAAUCCCCAAAGAUUGCCAAUCAAAUCCCCAAGAGAUUGUACCACGAAUCCCCAAGAGACCGUACCGCGAAUCCCCAAGAGACUGUACCGCGAAUCCCCAAGAGACUGUACCGCGAAUCAUCAAAUGCCCAAGAGAUUGUACCACGAAUCCCCAAGAGACUGUACCGCGAAUCCCCAAGAGAUUGUACCGCGAAUCCCCAAGAGAAUGUACCACGAAUUCCCAAGAGAUUGUACCGCGAAUCCCCAAGAGAUUGUACCGCGAAUCAUCAAAUGCCCAAGAGAUUGACCACGAAUACUCAAGAGAACGUACCACGAAUCCCCAAGAGAUUGUACCGCGAAUCCCCAAGAGAUUGUACCGCGAAUCAUCAAAUGCCCAAGAGAUUGUACCACGAAUCCCCAAGAGACUGUACCGCGAAUCCCCAAGAGAUUGUACCACGAUUCCCCAAGAGAUUGUACCGCGAAUCCUCAAGAGACUGUACCGCGAAUCCCCAAGAGAUUGUACCGCGAAUCAUCAAAUCCCCAAGAGAUUGUACCACGAAUCCCCAAGAGACCGUACCGCGAAUCCCCAAGAGACUGUACCGCGAAUCCCCAAGAGACUGUACCGCGAAUCAUCAAAUGCCCAAGAGAUUGUACCACGAAUCCCCAAGAGAUUGUACCACGAAUCCCCAAGAGAUUGUACCGUGA